AUGAGACUAUUCCAUAACCAACACGUAUUUGAUUACUCUUGGGAUUACAUCACCGCGGCCAAUUGGAAGAAGUAUCCUAACGAGGUCAGCACUCAUGUAGUAGCUGUUGAUGUUUUGAGAAGAGAAUUGGACAUUAGUGGUAAGGUUCUCACAAGUGAACGUUUGAUAACGUGCAAACAGUCUGUUCCGCAAUGGGUAAUGAUGCUAGUUGGUGGUUCUAACAUAAGUUAUGUGCGCGAAGUAUCAGUGGUUGACCUAAAUGAAAAGAGUCUUAUUCUCAGAAGCUGUAAUUUGACCGGUUCAAGUUUAUUAAAAGUUUAUGAGACUGUCAAGUAUAUGCCUCAUCCAGACGAUCCACAAAAUAGAACCUUAUUCAAACAGGAAGCCCAAAUUACUGCAUAUGCCACUUUUACUAAAGUGUGUAAUAAGAUCGAGGAGUGGUCCGUGAAUAGAUUUCACGAAAACGCAGAAAAGGGUAAAAGAGGUUUCGAUUCUGUAUUAAAGGUCCUCGAUGAAAGUUGGAAACAGACUGACAAAAUCAUGGACGGUCUAGCUGAGAAAGUUGACGAAACAGUAGUUGAUAUUAAGAAGACUACUGAUAUUCUAAUCAAGGAGACUGAAAAAAAAUCGUCUAAAUUGGCUUCGUAUUACCAGUAUUUUUCCAAUGCCUUCAGAAGGUCGAAUGAUAUGACCAGAGACGGUAGCUAA